CUUCCAUAAAACAGCACUAUUCUCUCUGCUCGGGUGGAUGUGGCCCAGGAAAAGUGCGCUAUGUCUACCAGGGCUUUACGGAGGCUGAAGGGGAAGCAGCGGGGUCAGGAGGAGCUGGACUUUGGGGGGAUGACUCUGGGCGACAGGCCGGAGGAGCGGGCUGAGGCUGAGGAGGAGGAGGAAGAGGAGGAGGAGGAGGGGCAGAUCGAAGCGGCUGUUGUCGUUCCUACGUCCAAAGGCAGCGGCAGAAAAGCCAAGAAAAACAAGGCUCAGAAAAACUUCAGCAACAUCUACGAGCUGAUAUGUGAUGCAGACGAGACUGAAAAACACUCACCCGAAGAAGAGGCAGAGAAACCUGACAGAAAUACAAAUGGAACAGGAAAUAACAAAGAAACUGACAAAACAGAUCAAAAUCAUGAAGCAUUUGCCAAGCCCUCAUCUGGAGACAAAGUCAAAAAGAAGAAGAAGAAGAAGAAGAAAGUGGCAUCAGAAGAAGGACAGAAGGCCGCGCCUGGUGAUGACAUUGACUUGUUGCUGGAGAACCUGGAGCAAUCCACUGGUCUGAGUCUGCAAAAUGAAGGUUGCGGAGGUUCUGACAGAAGAUCUGUGCUUCAUGUGGAGCACAGGAAUCUGAACCCGGAGACGGAGCUCAAGAGAUACUUUGGUGCUCGGGCUGUCCUUGGGGAUCAAAGACCUCGACAGAGAAACAGACAGUUCCAUCGGACCACUUGGAUGACCAACCCGAAAGACAGCUGGCCUCGUUUCAGCCGCCCAGGGAUUUCAAUGGCGUUGCUGGAGACAAAAGAUGGCAUUCAUUACUUUACCUUUGAGCACGGUCGGGAGUACCAGCAAGUACAGUUCAAGUUCCUGGAUGCUGUGGAGUCCAUGGAUCCCAACAACAUUGUGGCUCUGCUUCAGCUGAAUCCCUACCACAUUGACUCCUUGCUGCAGCUCUCUGACGUCUGCCGCAUCCAGGAGGACCAGGAAAUGGCUCGAGACCUCAUCGAACGGGCCUUGUACAGCUUUGAGUGUGCCUUUCAUCCUUUAUUCAGUCUGACAUCGGGCACAAGCAGGCUGGAUUAUCUGAGGCCGGAGAACAGAGCGUUUUAUCUGGCGCUUUAUAAGCACAUGAUGUUCCUGGAGAAGAGAGGAUGUCCACGGACGGCUUUGGAAUACUGCAAGUUGAUCCUGAGCUUGGACCCCGACUCGGACCCGCUCUGCAUGCUGCUGCUCAUCGACUUCCUGACGCUGCGCUCCAGAGAGUACCAGUCCCUCCUGCAGCUCUACCAGGACUGGGAGGAGCACCGAAAUCUGUCUCAGCUUCCAAACUUUGCGUUCUCCACUGCACUUUGCCACUUUCAUCUCAGCCAGCAGGACGACGCGGAUCCUGAAGAAAGCAGCAAACAGAGAAGCAAUGCCGACCAGAUGCUGCAACAUGCUCUCAUCAUGUUUCCUGGAGUCUUGACGCCCUUACUGGACCUGUGUACUGUGCAAGCAGAUGCUGCAGUGACGUCACACAGCUUCUUCGGCCCAAAGAGUCAGCUGGGGCAGCCGCCUGCUUUGGCCCAGCUGACCGCUCUCUAUGUGGGAAGGACGUACAACUUGUGGAGGGAAGCGCCAGUCAUGCUCUGGCUGGAGGAGUCGGUGAAGGAGGUGCUCCGCAGAGUGGACGCUGCAGACCCUCUCGUGGAGGAAUGCCAAAACAAGAGGAAGCAGAGGUACCAGAGUGCACCGAGGAACAUCCAUCGCCACGUCCUCCUGUCUGAGAUCAAAGAGGCGACUUCAAGUCUGCCUCUGGAGGUGACCACUCAGCCCGUCAUGGGUUUUGACCCCCUGCCUCCUCUGGACUCGGUGUCGUCGUAUUCUCGACCAGAGAGGCUGCACGUGGGGGCGUCCAACGAGAGCACGUUAUCCCUGUUCUUCCGGUCUUUGCUUCCAAACUUCAACCUUCAGGGCGGGCCGCGGCAGGACGACGACAUGGAGGUGGCUCGAGCUGGGCAGGAGCUGAACCAGGAGGUGAAUCGCCUGAUGGUGGCCAUGCGGGACAUGCUGGCCAACAUCCGGUUCCAGGAGCCGCCCAGGGAAGACAACCCCUACAGAGAUGAAGAGGAGUGGGACUGAAAGUGAAGGCAGGCGGAGGUUGGAUGAAGAGUCAAUCAGAUUUAAAAUGAUAAUAAUAAUAAAUGUAUAAUAAAGUGGAGGUAGAGUGGGAGACAGCUGAGAAGUAUUUUUAUUUGUCAGAACGUUAACGUUUCUUUACUUCAGGGGUGACUGGAUCAGCGUCAACAUGGGGAAUGUUCCUUCAGUGGCAGAAAGCAGGUUUUGAGAUGAACCGGUCAGGCUGACGCCGUUACUUACAGUAAAGUAGAAACAAGCAGCCGCUGUGCUGUUCGAAUCUCUGCACCGGCUGAAGGAAACGCUUCAAACACUUCCUUUCUUCACUUGAUUUUCUGUUUUACGCGUUCAGAAAUGAUCUUGGCUGACAAUAAAUUUUAAUAAUUUUGCCAACAGAUUUUGUUGUCAAUAACUCGCAGUACUUCACCUCAAACAAUUGAUCAGAUAAUGAAUUCAGCAUCUCAAAGUUCGUCUUGCAGAGGCUGUAAAGCGCAGGGGUUAAAAAGUCUUACAUUUUUAGGCUGAGCUGUGACAUUGCUUCAGGUGAUUAUGAAAAUAUUUUAUUAUGGAAUUGGUUCAGCAUUUGUAAUCCCUUCAUUUGUGGGUUUUCUAAUUAAAUGUGAGCCUCUUCAUCGAGUCAAGUCCUCCAUGUCAGGGUUCUUCUUUCAGUACAAAUUGACUCAUUGAUUUUGUGGCCCGCUGUGGAAAUACAUUCUUUCCGACAUCCAGAAGAACUUGUGUGGGUUUUUAUUUUAUAUUACAUGUUUUGUUUUUUGGGUUUUUUUUUUUUUUUUUGCAGGAAUGCUGCAACCAGAUUUAUCUCAUUCAAACUGCACAGGAAUGCUUUUAAAAAUGUGGGUAAAAAAAAAAAAAAAAAAUCAUGUUUGUGAAACAUUUUGAUAAAUUACCCCGAAAAUGAACCUUGAUACCAAACAAUAAUAUUUCUC